AAUCGUUCCCUCUCCGUUUAGCGGUGCUGACGUCUGACCCUGACUACUCGCAUCGCUUGGCUUGCCGAUAGCUCCGCGCGCGCGUCAAGGCGCACUUCAGAAAUCGCGAAGAAAGGGGAGCAGCGUAAAGAGGGCGAGGGAGUUCAAAGUGGAGAGAGCUCUAAGAGGGUGUAUCCUUUUUUCUUCGUUUUGACGCCAAGAAGCCGCAUUUCAGAAGCGAUUGCCUUCCCAGCAGGAACGGAUGCGAGUUUUCGCUUUUCUGCACGCGCUCUCGGUCCAAGUGUCCCCAAAAACACUCCUACCAGGAACUGGCUCGCCCGGCGCGUGGGAUUCCCUGGUGUCCCAUAUCAUCGAGGUUUUGCGGCUUUGACUUUGACUUUGUGCCGCGUUUCCGCCUGGAAAUUCGUCUGCUCCAGUCUCGCGCGCGCGCUAGCGCUCUUCAGUCGUCUGCUUUGCCUGCGAGGUGUCCCCGGACUUCCGCCACGGCUGCUGGUUCGACAGCGUUCCUGGAUCGUCUUGACCACGAACGAACCCUGGCUUCGGCUUUGUCGUUGAACAAAACGUUGGCCAUCCGCUUUCUCAGCCGCGGUUCGCACCCCAACCACAAGAACUGUCGGGAGACGCCGGCCUCCAGGACUGGGUCCUCGCUCGUCAAGUACAUCUUCAGGAAGCCUCUUGGUCUCGAUUCUCGGGCGUUCCUGGAUCGUCUCGAUUGAGAACGGACGCCGACUACGGAUCUGUCUUUGAACUGAAUCUUGGUCGCCUGUUUUCUAAGCUGCACUUCGCGCCACAGCCAGAACCACCGUCGGCAAACUUGUUUCCUCGGUCCUCACUCGUCCAGCGCAUCUUAGAAACGGCUGUUGGACUUUGGACUGCAAAAGAACCGUCUUAAAGUGUGUUCAAGACACGGGUUCGUGAUAUUCGGAAGAGUGUUCCUGGGGUCUUUACGGAAGACAAAACUUUGAAGUAUGGUUCUUGCGGCUUCUUGUCGCAAGGUAUCGACAGAAAUCGAGCUGGAUCCUAUGGUAGCUGUGCGUGAUCCGGAAGCCGCCUUGAAGAUUCAGAAUGGACACGACCGCCUUAACGACGACUCGACCGACAACGAGGGGGCCAAUGAGUCAGAGGGGUUCACUUGUGGCGCCCUCUGUGGAACGGCGCGGGACCGCUGCUGCUCAGUGCGGCGGUGGAAAGACAGGGUGCCCAUUGUGAAAUGGCUGCCCAAGUACUCCCUGCUGGACCUCCACGGGGACUUUGUGGCCGGCAUGACUGUGGCCCUCACCGUCAUCCCCCAGGGACUGGCACUGGCGGACCUCGCAAAGCUCCCCAUAGAGUACGGCCUGUACACAGCAUUCAUGGGUGGCUUCAUGUACGCCAUCUUCGGGAGCUGUAAGGACCUGACGAUAGGACCGACGGCCAUCAUGUCCAUCAUGACUGCGGAGUAUGUGAAGCAUGGGGGACCAACGUACGCUGUCAUUCUAACCUUCCUCUCGGGCAUCAUCCAGAUACUAAUGGGAGUUCUCAACUUAGGUUUCAUUGUUGAAUUCAUAUCCGGUCCGGUGAUCAGCGGCUUCACCUCUGCGGCAGCCAUCACCAUCGCCAGCACGCAGCUGGAGUCACUGUUCGGCAUGAAGUUCGAGGGCGAACUGUUCUACGAGAUAGUGUACCAGUUUUUCACCCAUCUCCACACAGUAAAGUUGGGUGACUCUCUGCUUGGAGUGUCUUCUGUGAUCUUGCUUUUGGUAGUGAGGCACUUCAAGGACUGCAAGUUCAGUCAAGACUCGAGACUACCUCCGAGGGUCCGCAAGGUCAUCGAGACUGCCUGGUGGACGAUAGCCACUGCACGCAAUGCGAUAGUGGUCUUGGCGUGUGCCAUUCUGGCGUCGUGCCUCCUCAACAUUGGCAUGGAGCCCUUCGACCUCACCAAGGAAGUUCAGGGAGGUCUUCCCUCCUUUCGGGUGCCUGACUUCAGCGCCAAUUUCAACGGCACCAACUCCACAACCAUUCACAAGGACUUCUUCGACAUUGUCCAGGAGCUGGGUUCUGGCAUUCCUAUCAUUGCUUUGCUGUCGAUCUUGGAGUCUGUUGCAAUUGCAAAAGCAUUUGCCAAGGGCAAGACACUAGACUCCACGCAGGAAAUGAUGGCAAUAGGCAUAUGCAACCUGAUGGGGUCCUUCGUCAGCGCAUACCCCGGAACUGGAAGUUUCUCAAGGACAGCCAUUAACAACAACAGCGGCGUUCGAACACCAAUGGGAGGAGUUUUCACAGGUACCAUUGUGAUCAUGGCCCUGGUCUUCAUGGCACCCUACUUCAAGUUCAUCCCCAAGGCCUCCUUGGCGGCCAUCAUCAUCACCGCCGUCAUCUUCAUGAUACACUACCAGGACGUCCCCGGCAUGUGGCGCACAAACAAGAUCGACCUGUUCCCAUUCACCGCCACUUUCCUCGUGUCCUUUGUGCUUGGAUUGGAGUACGGCAUCAUCGCCGGCGUUGUCAUCUCCCUGGCUCUGCUGAUGUACGAACACGCCCGACCACGCAUCAGGAUCUCUCGCAAGACUACCCUCUCUGGUGUGCCGUACCUGCUGGUGUCCCCUGACCGCAGCGUGCUGUACCCAUCCUCGAUGUACACAAGCUCCAAGAUCACCAAGGCGCUUCCGGAAGCUCAAGAAGGGACGCCACGGUUUGUGGUCUACGACGGGGCACACAUUGGCAGCGCUGACUACACGACCGCCGUGGCAUUCAAGAGCUUGAGUGACAACUUCAGCAAACAACAGGCAACCCUCAUCUAUGUCAACCUAAAGCCGUCCGUUGCAGACGCCAUGAAGGGGGCGCUACCGACGGACUUUCAUCACUGCAAAUCCGAAAAGGAAUUGGACGCUCUUAUUGCAGCGUGCAUGCUACAGUGGAAAGGUGUGGUGAACGAAGUCGUCCGUGACCAGCACUCUGCAUCAGGCGACGCGUGGACUGAUCAGCGUCGGAAUUCGUCGUCUGCAAACGAUCCCUGAGAGGAAACGAAAAACGUUGAGAACACAGGAUCUGCGAAGUGGAACUGCCGAUGCGUCCGCUUCGAAACUUCCAAGGCAGUGGCAUCGAGCAAGUCGUCGUCCCUCAUUUGUCGUCUCUGCGAGGAACUUUUUUGUUACGCAACGUUUUAUUUAAGACUUCUUUUUUACGUUUGAGUGGUGGGUGCUGUUAUGUGACAGAUGAACUGUGGUGCUUUUUUUUAUUCCUCGUCGCGGCGUUCGACUACGACGCUUUGGCGACUCGGCGGCGUACUGAAUUUUUUUUCCACUGCUUCCCCGAGGUGUUGCAGAAUGUGACGGUGGGGCAAUUGAGUCGGCGGAAUCUUUUCUUUACAUGGCCUCUCUACGUGGCCUUUGGGCAUUGUCAUGGGGAUCUGCUCUUCGUUUGUGUGGAGACAGAAGUGUGCAACGCGUUUUGAAAGUGAGAUCGCCGGAAGUUAAUGCUUGAUUCUUUGGUAGGGCGACUAAGUUGCACAAGCAUCAGAUCUUCAAUGCCUUUCUGUCGUUGUUCGCCCAAGCGCACAAAAGUGGGACCGUAUUUUGGCAAAUGGCAACGACUGUUUGCGUUGCAAAUCGACGGCGGCGUUGGCUUCGUUCCGCUCGUCGUAGGACUGCUUCCACUGUCCACUAACUGCCGCUUGACUGCCUGAAGUUUAACAUUUAAACAUGUUAUGCCUUUUUUAGGCAUACAAUGCCAACAGUCUAGGAUGGGGGACCACUGUGGGGGCUUGCGCGUUCUUGCGUCUGUCGGUCCGGCCACUUGCAUUGUAAAUAGCGUUGUACAUAUAUUUAGUACAGACCGGUGCAUUGCUGUAGGAACUUUGGCAGUAUCAGCAUGGCUGUUAAAGUUUGUACCAAUUUUUUUUGUGCAUUUUUAUCGCUUUGAUGUUGCUGCUUUUGUGCUGGCACAUUGCAUGUAAGGCAACUAGCCUUGUAUGGGCACGAAGGACUUCCUUUUUGUUGGACCAGUGAACGAUAGCUUUGACUGUACGACAUGGUUCCAGAAGUCGCAUCAAUGUCGCCGGGCUGGCUCCUUGUUGUGGUGGCCUUUACGUGAGGUGAUGCAAAGCCUUAGUUGGAUUAGCUAACAUUUGCUCCGACUAAAGGCAAGGCCUGCAGGGAUGUUCUUAAGCAUGUUGCCCAACCAAAUGACUUGUGUGCAAUGUCGAAAGGAAGAAAACUAAUUCAAGAAUGGUGUGCCUUAGUUGAAUCGCCCAACCGUUGCUGCAAGUGUAGCUGCAAGCUGUAGUGCUAGUGAGGAUGUUCCCAAGCUGGGAGGUGAUCCAACCGAACUGUCUGCAAGACUGAACGGAAUGCCUUAGUAAUUGUAUCAGCUGACACUUGCAGGGGGUGUGAUGGUGCAUUUCUGACAGCCGAAACAAUGUGUGUAGGAAUGCGGUUCUCCAUCUGGAGGGCUUUCGAAACGGGUGCAGUUGGGUUAAUUGUUGUGCAAUGGAAUGCCUUAGCUGGAGCAACUAGUAGUUGCUUCAGUGUUACGGGUUGCUACAAGACAAGUGCUGAAACAUGUUGUGAAUGUCUGCUUACGCAGUCUUUGAGGGAGUUGAUGGGCAUUAACAUUCUAAACAUGUUAAUGUCUGGGUCGGCGUGUCUUGCAAAGUGAACUGUGAAUUUGCUUUUGUUUGUGCAAGUCGGGUGCUCGAAUGUGCCUAAUUGGAGCAGCGUAGGGAGUGUUCUAACAAAUGCCUCACUUGAACCAGCAGAGUGCUUGAUGACAGUUUUGUGUUCUGACUUUUGACAUUUGGGCAGCGAUUGUUUGCAGGCCCUGGUAUGAACUGUAUCAGAAGUAUUAUUUUCUGGCAAUUCUCUAUGUCGUCUGUCUGGUUAUGCACCAGCAGUCAAAACUGUUCUAGGGAAGCCUUUUGAAAUUUGCCAACAGUAUUAGUGGCAAGUUGUGGAUGAACUUGUGAGGAAGAAGUGUAAUGUUUCUGGCAAAGCGGCGGGACUACUUGUCAGUCUUUUUAGUUGGAGCAGCUAAGAGCGAUUUGAAGUGUACACUCGAGGAAGCUGUAAGAACAUAAGCUGCAAAUUCAAAGUUUCAUCUCUCAAGAGAAAGUAAUAUCACCCCUUCACCCCAAUGCUGCACUGAAAUUGCUCAAAUAUCAUAAGUCACUCCUGUUUUUUUGUUUGUUUUUUUGUCAUUUAUGAAGGGCAGCAUAUACUCAUAAUCGUCUUUGGUCUUCUGAAGGCCUUUUCUUUUGUUGUGUCUGAUCAGAUGGUCUUCUUUUUGCAUUUGUUAAGCCUUAGAAGUGCUGUUUGUCAUUUGCAUAGAUUUCUUGCUCAACAAUUGUUAAAUUUUGCCUAAAGUCUGAAUUUUUAAAUUUUUUCGUGAGUUGUGUUUGGAGUGUAACUGUGUGUUGAAUUUAGAUGGAUUUCAUUUCUAACUUUUUGUUUCUGCUUAGUUUUAAUGUCAGGUUUGUGUUUUUAGAGGCAUUGUAGUGUGGAAGAUUGGCAUUUUAUUGUAAAUGCUUUGAAACUGCUGUUUAAAAAUUUUGAACCAUGCUUUUCAUGAAGAGACGUUUCUGAAGCUAGGAGGAACGAUUCCAUGUUUUUGAGGAGCACAAAUAUCUGUGAAAGUAAAGCAUUCCUCCCAAAUACAGUAUAACGAUCUAAUGUAACUAUGCAAACGUCUUUAACCUUCUAACGUAAACAUAUACUUAAAUACACAUAUUUAAAAAAAAAAAUGCAUUUGUUAAUGCUGCAUUGACCUUUUUCUCUCUGCAGGUGUCUUAUUUCGCUCUCCAAUAGUAUCCUUUCAUCAUAAAAAAGAGACCUGACAUUAAUUCCUUGCUUGCUGACACAAUUGCAGCAACUGCAAUAUGUCAACAUUUUUUCGUUGGAGUUUGAAGGUUUUUGCGUCCAUUGCUUACAAGUGCAGUUUCCAGUAAUGAUCGAGGAACACGAGUGUUUUCUUUUUUGCGUUAUGAGUUGCCGUCAAAUAACUCCCGCUGAGUAUAUUGUUCUGCUAGUCAUAUUUCUCUGCGGCUUGCUUGUUAUUAUUCAGAAUUGUUUUAGUUAAAAUAAAACCAACAAACAAGGCAUAAUAAAUUGUUCUUGGAUCUAUA